AUGGAUCCCAUCACCUAUGAUGAUGUUCAUGUGAACUUCACUCACGAAGAGUGGGCUUUGCUUGAUCCUUCUCAGAAGAGUCUCUACAAAGAUGUGAUGCUGGAGACCUAUGGGAAUCUUGCUGCUAUAGGCAUGAAAGAAGUCAUACUGAAGAGCAACCCUCCGAGUUUAUUCAAUGUGAUAAAGACUUUGCAUUUCAGAGUUAUAACCAAAGAAAAGAAAGAAUUCAUACUGGAGAAAAACCCUGUGAAGGUGUCCAACAUUGUGAAGCCUUUGCAUAUCACAGUAGUCUCAAAAUACAUAAAACAUCACUUGCUGAAGAGAAAACCUCUGAGUGUAAGCAAUGUGGUAUAA